GCAAUGCCGAACACUUUCACCCGAUCCUUGUGUAAAAUUUGCGCAAAUGCGGUUAGAAGGAUCACGCAGCCGACGCGCAAGUUCGUCAUUUUAAGUCCAAUUUACUUUCGCGGGUUUAAUCUUUAGUGCGAUUGUUCCCGCUCGUCAGGUUAAUGUAUUGACAUUUAUGUAACAUGAUUCGCGCGAACGCGCCGAUACCCAUGGCGAAACAUCUCAAACAAUAUGCACUUUUUGCCUCGUAUUUUUCGCCAGAAAUUUUUCCCGAUGCCGCAAGACGGCGCAGAAUAUGCAAAUCAGACGUUGCAUCGCCGUUCGCGAGCUUGCGCCGUCGUAUAUUCGCGCCGUAACUAACGCUGCAUACGCAAUGAGCCAUGCUGUCAUUAUUGAGCUGAUAACUGGACCUUAAAGAGUAGAGUCUUUGUCCUUUGUCCCAUUCACACUUUUAGUAAACAAAGUAUAUGUUACACAUUGGGUUUCAUACUGCUUCGAACACUUUCCUAUCCGCUUAUCGUGUUUAUAUACGAAUAAAUGGAUUGGAAAAUCGGUAUUUUGUACGACUAGUUUUGGACUUGACAAUCUCCGCGAGUGAAACUACGGUGUCGUGGCUUUGUAGUGCUUUGUAUGCUGCGCAAGAGCUUUCAAACGCGUAGCCAAUGUGCGGAUAUACACAGCGUUGUAUUUCAAACUCGGAUUCGUUGUAAAGAUUUCUAGUGGAUGGUUAUAAAGCUGGGAUAUAUUUGCAUCUCGAUUUGGGUGUCCAAGGCGAUUUACAUUUUUAUGGUUUUGCGGUUAGUUGUUGUUAACAAUGGCCAAUUAAGCAGUGCUUGAAAUACUGAAAGGUUUGCAUCGCGGCUCGGGCUAUAUGCCAAUUGGUUUUGUUAUUAACUGUGUGGAUUUUAUUAUUUCUGGGUGUACUUUAUGGAUACAUGAGGAUCUUUAGUAUAUCAAUGGUAUUUUUACUGUGGAGUAUGGUACAUUGUGGAUAUUGCGAGGAUAUAAAUGAGGAUCUGGGUUGGAUUUAUUACUCCUGCUUAUGAAUGAUGGAAAAUUGGGGCAGAAUGAGGUUUUAGGCUACGAUAAUCUGCAAUCUCUUUAUUGCCACGAUUAUGGCUCCACUAAGGUUUCACAACCAGUUCCAGGUGACGUAAGAUAGCUAUAAAUUUCGUUUACGCUGUUUGAAGAAGACCUAUAGAUCGUAUAUUAGUAUAAGAACAACUGACUGUUUAUUCUGGGUCCUCUCUGUGGUCUGGGUUAUAAACAAAGAGAUGAAAAGAUUAAAGAAAGGUCACUUCCUGAGGCAUGUGAUCGUGUAAAACCUGAAAGACACUCACAUGCUCGAGGGUCUCUCGUAUGAUGUAAGAUGAUGGCAGUCCUUGGUAUGGCAACCGAGAAAGACGACCAUAAGAGAAUAAUGGCCGAAGGGUUAGAUUGUCGAAGUGAUAUGCUGUCAAAUUCGGAUCUCAAUGAUGUCAUCUCGAAAACUGUGAAUCAUGUUAUGAACGAAACAUCUGAGCUUACGAGUGAAGCUCCGAGCUCGAGCAAGCGACGAAAGCAAAACGACAAUCAGGUUCGCCGUCCUAUGAACGCGUUCAUGGUCUACGCUCAGGUUGCAAGAAAGAAAGUGGCGGGAAAAUAUCCGAACUUGAGUUAUCGCAAGUUAAGCAAGACGCUGGGGGAGUUGUGGCGUAUGCUAGAUGACGAUGAACGUCGUCCUUUUGUGGAAGAGGCCGAGAGACUACGACGCGAACACAAACGAGCUCAUCCUACUUACAAGUUCAAACCUCAGCGCCGAAGAAAGAAAGCUGAGAAACAAUCCGAGCUAGAAACGGUAUCACAGUUUGGUGUCGGAGUGAUGAAUCCUAACCAAACUAGUUUGAUGGCACAAGAGACAGAUUACACUAACGACGAGUUUUGCUCGGCAGGGGAUGUCUUAAACUCCCCUUAUCAUUCCCGUAAUGAUUCUGCUGCAGUGUCCACUAUAUGGCCUUUCAUAACAGGCAAUACGAGCGAGUACCAUCGUCUCGACAGCGGCUACAAUAUCAGUUCUACAAGAGGAUUCCCCAGUGCUUCAACAAUUACUGCUAAUAGCACUAUUAGUUUCCCCCACACGAGUCAAAGACACUACAUUAAUCCCACGGAACACUCUGCUCAACACGAUAUGAAACUGCCCGGACAAGGAUCAAUGUUUGGAAGACCUCAAGAUCCCAGCCAUGGCAGGGUUGGCUCUCAAAAUAACUCCAUCGCCUCGCUGCCGGAACGUUCCAGCGAUUAUAUCACAACAAGGGCGCAUUUUGCUCACACAAAUACUUCCCCUUUUUCCGAAAGUUAUUCGCAAGCAUCUUCUAUCGAGAAUUUGCCGUAUACAAGCGAUCGUUAUAGCCUUGGAAUUCGCGGUAUCACCUCGUUCACCCGUCCUACGGGCCCAAUCACCAAUACAAAUACCUUACCUGCAACAAACACGAUGGAAACGCCAUAUACCAGAAGCAUGUUUGCUGAAUUAAGCUCAACGCAAUCCCGAAAUGAACCUAUUUUAAAUUUUAUGGAGCACAUAUAA